AUGGGAAACUGUUCUAACAAAGGAGCAACUGGAAGAAGUACUAAUGGUGAUCAUCUCAUCCGAAUCAUGACGGAUUCCGGUGGGAUAAUGGAGUUAGAAGGGCCUCUUCAAGUCAGAAACAUCCUUGAUGACUACCCGGGGUACGGUGUUUUCCGGCGGGAUCAGGUGUCUUCGCCGUUAUUCCACCAUGAUCAGCUUCUCAAUGGUCAAUCAUACUAUCUUCUUCCACUAAAAAAGGAGUCUAUGACUGAGGAGAUGGGCUUGGGCUUGGGCAUGGACAUGGACAUGGACACGAAGGUGGCAAGUGAAGGUAAAACCCCGAGACUAUCAUCGGUAGGAACAGCGACCACCACCACCACCAUGGGUGGCAGGCCAGCCGUGCAAGUCUUGCCGUCGCCGGGUAAAGGUGUUUGGAGAGUGAAACUGGUGAUUGAUACUAAGGAACUUGAGGAGAUAUUAUCUGAGCAGGUGAACACAGAGGCAUUGAUUGAGAAGAUGAGAAGUGCUGCUAGCUCAGCCAAUGCCACACCAAAGAGAAGCAAGAGUCCUUGGGGUUUGGCUAGAAGACCACCCAUCCUUUCUAAUGUGUGUAAGUUGUCCAUGGAAGACCACAAGUAG